AAAAUACAAGAAAAAAAAAAAAAAAAACAAAAGGCAAUAAAGGGUCAAAAGAAAAAAAAAGAUGUCCUCUAACGUCGGCCUCUCCACCCCGCGUGGCAGCGGCACCUCGGGCUACGUCCAGCGCAACGCUGCCUUCAUCAAGCCGCGCACCACAGGUUACGGCCAACCGUAUCCGCCCGUCUCCGGAGCGAAUUCCGCGAUUGAAGGUGGUCGUCCCUUCAAGCAGCGGAUGCCGGAUCAGCAGAUCCUCGAGCAUGAUCGGCGGCGGGCGGUGGAGGUGAAGGUUAUGGAGUUGCGAGAGGAGUUGGAGGAGGAGAAUGAGCGGUUGGAGGAGGAGGAAGCGAAGGAGAAGGCGAAGGGAAAGAAGGCGGCGGCGGCGGGGAAAAACGAGGAGAAAAUGGGUGAGAAGGAGGAAGGCGAGGAGGGUGAGGAGAAGGACCAGGAUUCGCGAAAGGAUCGGAGACGGGUAUUGUCGGAGGAGGAGAUUGACGAGCGAUGCGAGGAGUUACGGGCAAGGUUGUUGAAGGAUUUGGAGGUGGAGGAGCGGAGGGCGGCGGAGAGGAAGGAGAGGGAUGGUAGAGGAGGAGGAGGAGGUGGUGGUGGUGGUUAUAAUGGUGGGAGGAGAUGGGGCAGGGAGAGAGAUAUGCCCCCUCCUUCGAGGAAACAGUUCAAGUCGUAUCAGGUGCAUGAGUUGGCUGAGGCGAAGAUUGAGGAGAGUGAGCGGUUGAGGAGGGCACUGGGUAUUCGGGAGGACAGGGAGACGGGGGAGAUUUCCGGGGGAAGACGGAGGGAUUAAGUGCAUGUUUUUGGGGGUCUCAUUUAGGCUUGGGAAUUUGAUUCGGAUGGGUGUUUUGGGCGUUACGUUGGAGGCAUUGUUUCUCUUUACUGCCUCUCCCUCAUUCCUCCCUUUUUCAGUUCGGGAUUACUGGAUUGACACGAAUAACCACACAUACCUGUGUAUUAACUAUAUCAUCUUAACUUUUUGCUUGCAAGCUUCAUGUUCUAUGUAUAGCUCAGCUGGUAAAUUUCUCAAUCACCCAUCCCUCC